AUGCGACGGGGGCGCCACACGAAGCAUUUCGCGGAGGAUAUGUCCUCCUUCAGUGUCAGCGUUGGUGACUCUUCCAAGCACCGCAACAUCGAUGUUGACUCCCUCCUUCGCGAGGGCUACGAGGAUGAUGACCAGUCCGUUGACGCCAGCGUCGUUGCCUCCAUCAACGACCGUGCCACCAACGUCCGCACUCUCCUGAACAAGGGUGAUGCCGCCGGCUCUGUUGCCGUUGCGGUCGACAACCCCCCCUUCAACUGCAACGACGCCGCCCUCAAGGCCAAGAACCUCGAGACUGUCAUGAGCUCCCUGUCCGCUGUCCGCGCGGCUGACAUCCCGGCCGUCAUCAAGAGCCUGACCCCUGAGCAGGUCGACAACCUGGUCAAGUACAUCUAUGCCGGCUUCGCCAUCCCCUCCGGCCAGUACUCCGGUCACCUGCUUCUCUGGCACGAGAAGGCCAUCGAGGUCGGCGGUCUCGGCUCUAUCACCCGUGUCCUCACCUCCCGCAAGACCGUCAACUAG